CAGGCCUUGACUCACUCCAAACCUCACUCAUGUCAUCGAUGCAUCUAUCUCAUGUCAGUCAACCGCCAAGCCCAACACACAAAUACAUAUCCGCCCGCCUAUAUGUCUGUCAAAUCCGCCCCUCCCUCGAUUGACCAAGACACUCAACCGCACACACAGUCAUUUAGCCGCCUGCCUUGCCGCCAGCAGUAGCGGCAGCAGCCACAGCACCAUCGGGGGACGACGGCAGGGGGCUCUUGGGCUGACAGUGCACCCGUCUGGCUGGUACGCUGUAUAUGUGUCGGCCUGGCAGCACGACAGCCGACAAACGGCCCCCAUACACGCAACCUGCACACACACACACCCACACACCCAUGCCCAUCUGUCCAUCUGUCCAUCCAUCCAAUCCAUGUGUGUGUGUUCAUCCCCAGCCAGCCCACCAGGCAGGCAGGCAGGCAAUCUACCUACUUACACACCUGUGUCGAGGCCGAUGGUGUGUUGAGUGACAUAGAGGCCCUUCUUUGCGUCGUGGCCGUACACGACCAGCUGUGGCCCGUCCCACAGGUCGAUCCAGUGCACCCCCUGUUUGUCGUCCUCAACGCCCCGCCGCCCGUCCACCAGGACAUUGCGCAUGUGCGUCAGCUCCCACUCACUCUGCUCCUCCAGCGGCAAGAACGGAUUCAGCCCUGCGUGGACGACUACCAGGUCCUGUUGUUUGCCCCACGCCGCCGCUGCUGCUGCUGAUAGUGAUAGUGACAGUGGUGGUGCUGGUGGGAUAAUGGGGAAGCGGAGCAUCUUGGGCUGGCGCAUCAGCCAGGCCAUGUCGUCCUCGGUGAGCUCCUGCAGCAUCCGACGAAAGGCGCCCUUCUUCCGCUCCUGCUUGCUGCUGCUGCUGCUCUCACUGCUGGAGGUGUCUGAUUGAGAGGGGGUGGGGAGGGUGGGGGUGACGGCGGCGGGCGAGAGGGCCACAGAGGGGGAGGGCGCCGGGGGGAUAAUCGACAGACAAUGGGGGGCUGGAGAGCUGGUGCUGCCAGAGGGGUCGGGCUGGCCCGGAGAGGUCUUUCUACUGGCUGACCUCCUGCCCUCUGCCUCAUAAAUGCUGAACAGCUUCAUCUCAUGAUUGCCAACCACCUGUAGGUAGGUGGGAAUGGACAGACAGACAGACAGGAGGACACACAGACAGACAGACAGACAGACGGACAGGAGGGCACACAGACAGACAGACAAAUCCGGUGGGUGAACUCCCUCGGCGUGCGCACACACCAUGAAAACGGUUUGAGGGUAUCUCUCCUGGUGCUGCCUGUAGAACUGCACUAUCCCACUGCUGUCGGGACCCUUGUUGACCAGGUCGCCACACAACUGACACGACGCACACAGAAGCCAAUGGUCUGCCGACGGCAACUCAUGUCAUCGAUUUUCAUCUGCGGCUCUGACCACAAGGAUGUCUUUCCCAGGCCGAUAGCUGAGCCCUCCCGGACAGCGGGGCGGCCGGCCCAGCAGAUCAAACAGCUCUACCGUACACACGAAACAGCGGAUAACACAGCUAUGAAGACGGUGACUGACUGACAUGCUGCCUCCCGUGCGCGCACUGUUAGUUACCGUCAAAGCACCCGUGCAGAUCUCCCACUAUGAUGAUUCGCCGUGACUCGCCAAAGAGCCUCGACAUCCACUUCCUCCACCAUUUCUUGGUGGCCUCGUGAUCAUAGCGGUGCACCAGAUAUCGGAUGGCGAGCAGGGACGCGAGCGUGGCACCACAGCCGAGUAGUACUGACGCAAAACUUGAACGAUGGAGCGAUAAAAGCAAAGCCAUGAGUGACGCGCUCGUGUUGGACUCGUAGAUCAGGUGUCUGGCCGUCCCCCUUUCAUCUCAACACAUUGCCGGAAAG